AUGGCUUUUCUCAGGCCAUUUUGUUCUUCUGUGCUCUUCCUCUUGCUAUCAGUAACACAGGUUGAGACCCAGAGUGCAGAAUGUUCGGUAAACGAACGUUUGGUGGAAAUAAUGGAGAAUAAUAAUCCAGGCUUGGUGGUGACUAACAUUCAUGCUAAUCCUGGCAUUAUAGUCACAAUUAAAUCUUCCACAGAAGCAAGUUCUCCCUCUGAAUGGUUUGAAAUAAAGGACUCACAACUUAUCCUGAAAAAGUCUGUGGAUUUUGAGGUUGCCAAUGAGAUAGAAAAUAUCAAAGUUCUAAUUUUAAUUCAAAAUGAAAAUGAUAAUGGACCGGUGUUCAAGCAAACUAACAUCACCGUUGAUGUUCCUGAGGAUACAAAAGUGAACACGACUGUCGUACCUCUGACAAGCGUAACUGCUACUGAUGCUGAUUUAAAUACAGUGUACUACAGCCUUGAAGGAAGUCAAGAAGCAAUGGACUAUUUCAAUAUACAAGGAAUUAACAACCCACAAAUUUACUUGCGUAAAGCCCUGGAUUAUGAAGCAAUUAAUUUUAUGAGAUUUACUUUAAGGGCCAUGGAUGGAAAUGCUGGUGCGGCAGGGACACACACAGCCACAGCCACAAUAUCCAUACAGAUUGUACAGUCUGAUCUCAAGCCUCCCUGGUUUCAGCCAUGUACUGCCGUUGGAGGCAGCAAAGUGUGUAUCAGUCUUGGCUAUACCAGCAAAGUCAAUCUUUCAGAAGAAGCGAGUGGGCCACUGAUCUUGGAGCCAGGACCCCUCUAUGCUAUUGAUGGGGAUAAAAGUUUGAAUGAGAAAGUGAUAUAUGAAAUUGUUGCUGGAAAUGAUAAUGACACAUUCAAAAUAAACAGAGAUUCUGGAAACAUUACCAUGACUCAGCCUGCAAACAUUCUGAAGACAUUCAUGUUGUAUAUUGUGGCUUUCCAAGAAAACAAUGCAUUCAGAUACUCUCAGACCACGGUGAAAAUUGAUGUUGUACGGAAAAAUGAUCAUCGUCCCUACUUUAAUGAAACCAAUUACCUGGGAAGAGUAUCUGAGGCCCAGCCUGCAAAGUCAUUGAUCAUGAAAGCCAACACAUCAUCAGAACCCUUGCAGAUCUUUGCAGCAGAUGAUGACUUCUUGCCAGAUAAAAUCAAUCCAGAUAUCAGAUACAGAAUACAAAACAGUUCAGAUUUCAGAGUUACUGCAGAAGGAUUUAUCCAGACCACUAAGCUUCUGAAUGUAUCAUCUCCUAUUACCCUUCUGGCCAUUGCUACCGACAUCAAUACUCUGGAAGAAGCAAACACCCUGAUUUCAAUAGAUGUCACACCUUUGGCAAGUAAUUCUACACAGUUUCUGACCACAAAUUCUCCUGUAACAGAGAGAAGCCAACGAACAGUGGAAUCCAUCAAGACCUCAAGCCCCACCACCACUCAAGCACCUCCUCAGUCUGGAGCUUCCAAGCCUACCCCACCAGAAGGACUCUACAGCGUAGAAGACAUGGCUGCUCUGGGAGCCACCCUGGACCUAUUGGCGAUUGCACUAGCCUUGCUUGCCCUGAUCUCCUACAAGUAUUACAAAUUAAAAAAAGAACUUCGAAAAAGAGAAUUCACAACUUCCCUUUAUCUUUGCAGUAUUGCACAAACAUUUGUCUCUCUUUUGCAGCUGAUGAAAAGCGUUUCUAAUAUCAACUUCCAGGAUGACGAGAACCCUAACUCAGAUGGAAACAAUGAGGAAUCAUCCGGAAGCCUUAUCUCCAAGAGUUAUGCAGAGAAGGAAUCAGGAAACAAGAAAACAAAGCCAGCUCUUAAAACAAUCCAGGAAGAAAUUGAUAUAAACAGUGAAAAGGAAGUGAGAUCCAUCCUGACAAAAGACAGGAUGGAAGACGAUGGCUACAAGGCAGUGUGGUUUAAAGAAGAUGUGACAGAAGUUGAUGAUGUAAUUAUUGACGAGGACAGUGACCUAGAACAGAACAGGCUUGGGAGUGACAGUGACAGUGCUGCUGAGGAAGAGGACGACUAUGAUGAUACCGAUAGUGGCAGAGGGGACAGCGAUGUAAACAUAACAGCGAGAAGAGGGCAGGUCUUUGAUGCUAAUCCUUCUGCCAGCCAAUCUCUUGAAGAAGCAGAAGAACAGAACGAUGCUUUGUAA